GUGGAUCAAGGAGGCUGCGCUGCAAGCUGUGCAACAAGGAAUUCACAGGGACACAGAAACGGGCGAUGGAGCACUUUUGUUUGAAGAGGGUCUCCGCCCGGUGUCCAAAUGCAACGAUGACGAUUUGGAGGAGGUUGCACAGGGUUGGUUUUGAGAUGCCGCCAGAUCUUAUGGAGAGGGUGCAGUGCGCAAUAGAGGAGACUGCUAGCGAUGACGAUGAUGGUCCUGUGCUAGAGGACGACGCGGUGGGGCGAGGGGGAGGGGUUGCAAUGGAUGGGGAGGCAGGGGAGGCGGUUCAUGGGGAGGCUGGCAGCGGGGUGGAUGACGUGACAAGAGGGGUUGUGGCCGAUGGAGAGACUCCAGUCCGGAGACCUGCAUUACAGGCGGACAUCGAUGAUACCUGCUGCGAGUUCUUCGUCGAGAACGCCAUCCCGUUCAACGCCGCAAAAAGCAAGAGCUUCAAGAAGUUACAGCUGGCGUGUUAUGGGCCGCAACCUGCGGCGAGCUGCCCUCUUGUGCCCACUGGGUACAACCCACUACGAUGCAGGCUGCUUGAUCGGUUGCGCGGGAGGUUGGAGGCUGAGGAUAAGGCGGUCCGGGACGACUGGGAGGCGACAGGCUGCACGUUCAUAACCGAUGGCACCACAGACAUCUGUGGGCGAUCGCUUAUGAACUACAUCCUCGUCGGGCGGUUGAAACCCAUUUUCAUCAAAUGCGAGGAUGUGAGCGAGGGGGAGAAGGAUGCAGCUGCCGUCAUCGUUGGGUGGAAGAGGUUUUUCAGGGAGUGGGGAGUAGAGAAGGUGACUGCGAUCUGCAUAGACUCCUUCGCAGGGAACAAGAGCGCUGCCCGGAUGUUGAGGGAGGAUCCCGAAUUCGCACAAAUCUACUGGAUCCCUUGCACGGCACACUGCAUGGACCUGCUCAUGCACGACAUCUGCAAGAAGGAGUGGUCGACGACCAUCAUCGAGAAGGCCAACAAGGUGGUCGGUCACCUUCUUCAGAGUGCACAGGUGGCCACGAUCGCAGCUGCGGACGCAGUUUUUGAGGCUGUUGUGGAGCGCCUCAUCGGCAAGAGAGGGAGCAAGACGUUUGACGACUGCUUGGACCAACUGUAUGAGUUCCAGAUGGCGAGAGGAGUGUUCGGCACCACACGGGCGGCGCAGAGGGCGAAGAAGGACAAUGCGGUGCUGUGGUGGGAGGCGCACGGGGCUGGCCAUCCGGAGAUCAAGGCUCUGGCAGUGAAGGUGCUCUCCAUUUGGACAACAUCCUCUCCAGCAGAGAGGAAUUGGAGCACAUGGUCACUUGUGCAGACGAAGUCCAGGAACAAGCUGCACCACCAGCGCACCGAGAAGUUGGUGUACUCGGACUGGAGCCUCAGGCUCAAGAGCAGGGGCGAUGACGACCCAACGGUGGUAGGAGGAUGGUUGGGGCUAGAAGCAGACUGGGCUGACGAUGAUUUGGUGGGUGAUCAGGCGGGUUUGACUGAUGCUGUCGAUGACGGUGAGCUCGGACAUGAGGCUGCUCCAUCCGGUGCAGGUAGCACCACCAUUCGCAAUGAUCCUGCUGCGGCCGGGAUAUCAGCAGGCGUGCCGAGGCGAGGAGAGGUGGAGGAGGGUAUGGAGUGGGGUGACAUGGAGGAGGAGGAGGACGAUGACGAUGUGGACAGCGAGGACGAGAUUCCACAUGACGAGUGGGUGGAUGAUCGGUCAGACUCUGACAGAUCGUGGACGAGGAGGGAGGAAAUCACACCAUAUGUGCAGCGAUAUGAGGAGCAGCCUGUGGAGCACCAUGAGCAGGCUGUUGUGGAGCAGCAGCAGCAGCAGGCUAACGAGGCUGAAGAGGAGCAGCAGGCUGACGAGGAGCAGCAGCAGCAGCUCGCUGACGAGGAGCAGCAGCAGCAGGAGGCUGACGAGGAGUAGCAAAUAGAGGAGCAGCAACAGCAGGCUGACGAUCAGCAGGGGGAGGAGGCACUUGGGCACGGGGAGCAAGAGGGCGAGGCAGAGGGAGGUCAGUGCCGCCCGGAGGUGCGGUCAUUUUAUGGUGCCAGUCUCCCGCCGCACCUGCUCGGUAGUGGGCAAGCACAUCCUGGGCGUGUAUGGGAUCCGCUCGGCUAUCGUGCUCCGCUAGGCAGAGGGCGCCUUCCUUCCACAGGAGGCAGAGGUCGCGCUCGUGCCGCACGAG